UUUUCUGCAGGCAUCGGCUUUCUGCGAGGCUUCCAGGUGUCCUUGAAGUCCUUAAGAAGGUCCGAUAUUACCUGUCAACUUUUUCUCUUCCAGACAAACCUGAACUUCCAGCGUCCCAUGCUGAAAAGUGUUGCCGCUUGUUUUGACUUGUGCCGACGCUAAAGGUUUGACAGAAAAAUGCGGAUCGCACUGUUGGUGUCCGGUUGCCUGUUCGUGUUUGCUGAUCUCCAGUCUUCGAAUCCUGGGAACUGUUCCCUGACGUGCAUUCGCCAGGGAGGACCAGGAUGUCACUAUUGCCGGAUAAGCAACGAUGAAGUGGACCAAGUGCUGGGCUUGAAGUAUAGAAGUACUUUGGGAAGUUGUACUCCUUGGCCAUGCCUUCAACUGCUGGCAGAAGAGGACCCUGUAAUGUGUCAACACUUCGUUCCAGCACCGCACGACAUCAAGAUUGAGUUUGUAUCCAGCACAGACCUUCAUUCGGAUGCUGUGGUGAUCUCCUGGAGGCCCAGUGAACAUGGUAUCAAAUUCUUGCGAGGCUUCCAAGUGUCCUUGCAGUCCUUAAGAAGGUCCGAUCUUGCCUGUCAUCUUUUUCUCUUUCAGCAAAACCUCACAGUCCCAACUUCAUACGCUCAAAAGGUGUACAAGUCGGACGUUUUCUCGGGCCUCUCUCUUGGCUCCAAAUAUGCUGUGACCGUCAUGGCCCUGCCUGUGCCUCAGGAGUGGGAGAAGUACUAUCACAGCAAGAUCUUCUCCACACGCUCGUGUGAAGAGAAAAGUGGUUUUCCCGAGUGCAAAGCAGACUGGUACCCCAAGUAUGUUGCUGUGCAGCAAAAAGAGGCCGUGGUCAUCGUCACCUUCAACCUGGCUCCUCCUAUCAUGGGCAUCACGAGCUACUUCUGCAUCUGUACAGCAAACGGCAAGACGACAUCCAGGGACAUAAUUCCUAAUGUCUCCAGAAACAAAACACACCACAACUUCGCACUCAGAGACCUCGAAGAAGGAAGUAAUUACACAUGCGAGAUUGCAGCCAAUCAAGCAGACGCAGUGAGGAAAAAAUACAACAUCUAUGUCAAGAAGCGAGAAGCUACAUUGGGACGUCACAGCUUUCCCUACUGGAGUCUGGUGUUCCUUUUCGUGUUUGCCGGGGCGACUAUUUACGCUGUCACCCUGGCUAUGUUCACCCGUAACUGCUACACACAAACAAAGAAACCUAUCAUCGAUCCAGAAAACCUUAUAAAGGAAGGGACGAAGAUGAAUGAAGAAGGGCCCCGAGCGGACGUACCGUGUGACGAGCAGGUCCGCAGACCCGAGACCCGGCAGCAGGGGACAAUUUGCGGCGUGGUGUAAAAACGAUACAUUUGACAAAAAAAAGGCAAACUUUUUUUUUGCACUUCCAUAUAUUCACUUAUGGCAGGGGUCGGCAACCCGCGGCUCCGGAGCCGCAUGCGGCUCUUUGAUCAUUCUGAUGCGGCUCAGCUACAUACUUGCUGACUCCCCCAAUUUCCCGGGAGACAUCCUGAUUUUGGUGCCUCUUGCAGAAACCUCCCGGGAUUAAUAUCCUCCAACAUUCACCCUAACAAUGAUGAUAAUGUCACCCCGACAAUGAUGAUAGGGGCGUGCCGUGAUGGUACAGCAUUUAGCGCCCUUUACAAUCUGUAUUAAUAGCGUGCCAGCUCAGUAACUUUUUACUGCAUCUUUUGCUUGCACACGUAAACGACAGCCAGGCAUACUUGAUCGACAGCCACACAGGUUACACUGACGGUGUCUAUAUAA